AUGACCCAGUUCAGAACUGCUACUGGGGCACCAAGACUGCUGUGUAGAUGCUACCGGGUGGUACUUUCUGCUGCUGCUGCAGCAGUACCCUCUCUGAAGAACGCAGCCCUCCUCAGUCCAGGGGUAUUACAGGCAAUAAGGAUCUUUCAUACAGGGCUGCCAAGUCUUGCCCCUGUACCACCUCUUCCUGAAUAUGGAGGAAAAGUUCAUUUUGGGUUGAUCCCUGAGGAGUUCUUCCAGUUCUUUUACCCUGAAACUGGUGUAACAGGACCCUAUGUGCUCAGAACUGGGCUUAUCUUAUAUUUACUCUCCAAAGAAAUAUACGUGAUAACUCCAGAGACUUUCUCCACAAUAUCAACAAUAGGAUUGCUUGUCUAUGUAGUUAAAAAAUAUGGUGCCUCUAUUAGGGAGUUUGCUGAUAAACUCAAUGAGCAAAAAAUUGCCCAACUGGAAGAGGCAAAACAGUCUUCCAUCAAACAAAUCCAGGAUGUGAUUGAUCUGAAGAAGUCACAGCAGGCACUGGUUCUAAAGCUCCAUUGCUUUUUUGAUGUCCAGAGGAAUAACAUUGCUAUGGCCUUGGAGGUUACUUAACAGGAACAGUUGCAUAGAGUAUACAAGGAGGUAAAGAAUCGCCUGGACUAUCAUAUCUCUGUGCAGAAUAUGAUGUGUCAAAAGGAACAAGAGCACAUGAUAGACUGGGUGGAGAAGCAUGUGGUGCAGAGCAUCUCUGCACAGAAGGAGAAGGAGACAAUUGACAAGUGCAUUGCACAUCUAAAGCUGCUCACAAAGAAGACUAAAGCACAGCCAGUUCUGUAA